AUGUCGUUGGCACCUUAUUACUAUCGACCCCUCACGCCUCCAGAGGCAACGGGCGCUGCAGGUCAGCGUGGUCAUAAUCGGAACUUGUCAACAUCGUCAUACUGCACAGUUGACACCUCUCCUGAGUCGGUAAUCACUCUUAAUUCAACACCAAACCGGUCGCCAGUUCUCCGUCAGCAUGGCCCGACACUGCUUCCAAAGAUCAGGUCACAGGAUACCUCCGUGGAUCCUCGUGCGACGCAUCGCCCAUCCAUGCAUCGACGAACCUUGUCCUCCAUCAACAACACCAAGAAUACUCGUCCACCUAUGUACAGGAGCGUGACUGAGCCGGCGGAAUGUAUUCCUAUGAUGUCGCCAGUGUCCAGUGCACCUAACUCACGAUCGAAUUCGCUAAUGCCUUCACCAAGCCUUUCAAAGGCACAAUUGAGCGUGCCAGGCAGGACACACUCUCGUUCAAUAUCUGCUUCAAGCAUUGACAACAGCGUCCUGAAUCGCUUCGGCUACCCCACCUAUCGCCAGCUACCUGUAUAUAUGUCUCUCGAGCAGGAGACGCCUUCUCCUGAUCUCUUUGCCACGACGUAUAUGCCCUACACCGACAUAACCAUGCCCGACCCACCCGUGAUUAGCCUCGAGGGCAUCAAUCUCGAGGGGACAUUUGAUAUGCCGAUUGACCUGGACUGCAUUUCACGCACAUGCUCCAUGAGCCCACCACCCAUGAUUGCGCCAAUGUCUACCACCAGCAUGCUAAGUUACCUGACCCAACCCACGCAGCCAAUCAACCUCGUUAGGCAUCUUACCUUCCAGCAGGGUCGCGGCCUUACCAAUCACUUCUGGUGGGAUGUUCGCAAUGUUCGACCAUGGAAAUCGUUCUCCAUUCAAACCAUGUCGCAUAUUCCGGACCUACUCACCUUGCUGAACUUCCAGCACGACACAGCAUGCCUGCCGUUCACCAACACAAACACAAACACAGUGACCCCUGCAUCCGAAAGCGACCUUGCCAACCUAAUCUCCAAGAUCUAUUUUCCAAAGGUCAAUGCUGCUACCAGGCUGUCUCUUGGAAACAAUUCGAUCUGCUUGUACCCUGCGCCAACUCCGACCGGGUCUGGUGUCAGCUCCAAUGUCGCAAACAUCCCGCACUUCCUUGCAAACUAUCCGAGCGACAACGACCGCACCCUCUCAGGACUGCCACGAGGACGCGUCGUCGGUUUGGUGCGCUCCUUUGAUCGAUGGAAUACUGGAAUGCGCCGCGAAGGACCAGCCCGCAAAGUCGAGUAUCUCCGGACCUUGGCGCAUCUGCAGAAGUGCAUGCGCGAUCACAGUUGCCGCUAUGGAUUCAUCAUCACCGAAAUUGAACUUGUGUGUGUCCGGGCUGGCUGCGAUGACCGUGACCAGCCGUACUUUGGAUUCCUGGAAGUUGCGGAAGCAGUCGAAACCAAGACUUUCUCUGGAAGGGACAGUGACAUGUCGCGGGCGGGCGUCAACGGCGAGAUCAUAAUGACUGUGACCAUGACUCUGUAUUACCUCCUGAUGCUUGCCAAGGCCACUCCAUUGCCGGGUCAGCCGAGCAGCUACAUGGACGUCGGCGGAUCUGGUGCGCUGUCUAGGUCAAGAGUCUGGGAUGGCGGGAGCGGUGGCAGCACUAUCUGUAUUGACGAAGACGGUGAUGUUGAAGAGUUGGGCAAGGACGGCAAGGACAAGUGGAUACCUGAACCCCAGAUGGGCGAAAAGAGGGAAGCAAGGACUGUCAGAGGUUGGGUCUGGCCUAGCGAUCCGUGGCAUAAGAGGGAAGGGGAGCGUGGUGAACGCGGAAGUGGUAGAGCUGGGAGAAGGGGAUAG